AUGUUUCGUUUUCAGCUAUCACUGGAAAGGGAAACGGGUGUGAUAAACGGCAAAUACUCGGAUGAUCUCCUUUUCUUGCGACAACUGAUCCUUGAUGGACAGUGGGAUAACGCAUUAGACUUUGUUGAACCACUUAAAAGUGUACAGGACUUCGACUUUAGACAAUUCAGGUAUCUCAUCACAAAAUACAAGUUCUUUGAAUUGCUGUGCGUAAAAUUGGAGCCGGGACCUCUACACGACAAUGACUUUGCUGUAGAAGAAUUAGUGGAGUGCCUUAAAGAUCUCGAGCACAUCUGUCCAUCUCCAGAAGACUAUCGCCAGUUAUGCGCCUUGCUUACCCUGCCAAAGCUUUCCGACCAUGUGGAUUUCAAAAAUUGGAAUCCAUCGUCCGCUAGGGUCGAAUGUUUCCAUAAGAGGGCCAUUAUUGGAGCGAUAUGA